AUGUUUUGUUACCACUUGGAGCUGCUGGGGUGUGAGUGGAGUUCUGGUCAACCACUGGGACUUAUCUCAGCAGCGUGUUUUGAGGUCCACUGCCGCCGGCGUGGUGCCCGAUGUCGAGUGGCACAUUUCCCAGCGGAGUUUACGGUGCGCAGUGCCCCAGAGACCGACAACCUUUCUCUCUCUGUGUUGUGUGGGGAGACCGUCGUGGCAAGCAGCAACGUCAUCGACAUUGGCGGUGUUAGCCGGCGUGUGGGGGUCCGUACAGUGGCAUUAAAGGCCGGGGAAGAAGUGAUAUGCAAAGUGCGCAUUAUGUGGUGUGUUGAGGCAGAAGAUGGGACGGUGUUUUCGAGAUGUGUAGAGGAUUACGAAGAAAGUGAGCGUUCUGCGGCAGUGGAUGUAGGGAAGCAUGUUUUUUCUACAUCCCCCGAAGGGCCGCCGGUGGUGGAACGUACGCCAUCUACGGAAAAAACAUCUGUUGUUUCGGGGGCCACCCCCAUUCGUUGCGAAGUAUGGGAGCCAACUGCAAAGCCGCAUCAAACAGCACAAGGCGUUGUAACCGUACAGAGGAAUUUUCGACCACCUGGUCCGCAAGAAAAGGGAGCUGAGUGGUCUGUAGGCAGCCCGCAAUACGCCCCGAAGGGUAUUCUUGACUACUACGUAACCUCCACACAGGUUAUCGAUCGGCCAAGGGCCUGGCGAAACUUGUAUACCAGCUCUGCUCCGCUUCUUGCUACGAAUGGUUUGAUACGAGAAGAGACGGAAUCAACUGCGACGAGGUCGUGUGAAAAACACUGUGGAAAUUCCAGCCUUUUUUCAAUUCAAAGGGGUUUGGCCCUCGAAGACAUUCGUCUGCAUCCGACGAAGGCGCCGGAGACAACAGAUGCCGAUUUUCGCCGCGCCCUUUACAGAAAGAAAAUGAAUGUGAAGUGGCGAGGAUUUAUUUCUCCAUCACAUGCUUCCCUACGGGCUACGACGCAUGAGGGUUCAUGA